AACAGUAGGACAGAGGCACAACAGCCAUCGUGACACAGUAUUGUCGCUGAUAACAACCGUAUUAUCUCUUUUGACAGAAUGGCGGAGCAAAGGGAGCAGCUCUACAAGGAAGAAGCUCGUAAGAUUCAGGAGGUUGUUUGCAGGUAUUCGGAGAGGAUUAUCAAUGAUAAUCAAAAGCUUAGUUCUGAACUGGAGUCCAAGAAGCAUGAUCUUGACUCAGUUUCCAAGCAUCUGGACGAGCUAGCAAGGAACUAUGAGCAAGAGAAAAAUGAGGCAACUUGUUUUUGCAAUUAUAGAUGUUGUGAAGCCUACUUAUGUUUGUGUUUAUCCGUAAUUCCGUAUUGAUAAUGCAAAAGGAGAGAGAAGCUGCUCCAUUAUUGAAGUUAGAGCAGGAAAUCAGGCAGAAGGAGCUACAACUCGCUGAAUUAGAGCAGGAAAAGCUAUCCCAAUCCCUUGAUAAACUGGUUUCACAAAUUAGGCAGAGAAGGAGAAAGAAGACGCUAUAUUAUUUCAUACGUCAGAGGAGUUAAGGAAUAUCAUGCAGCAACUUGAGCUAGAAAAUAAACAGUUUCACAGCAAAUGGGAAGCAAUGGAACACAUGCAAGGUGAUGAAGACUCUGAAUCAAAGAAGAAAAUGGCUGAGCAAAUUCAGGAGCUAAAAGAGCAGUGUGAGACAGUACAGUCAUUUGCACAAACUUUGGUUAUCAAGGAAAGGAAAGCCAACGAUGAGUUGCAGCUUGCUCGGAAGGCACUGAUGCGUGGUUUCCAGGAUCUUAUAACUGGCCAAACAUCUAUAUGCAUUAAAAGGAUGGGCAUCCUUGACCAGGAAUCACUUGAAAAGGCUUUCCAGCAGAAAUUGUCAGAGCAUGAUGCUGCCUUAUUUUGUGCAAGAUGGGAGGCUGAGAUAGGAAAUCCAGAUUGGCACCCUUUUAAAGUUAUCAUGGUUGAUGGAAAACAGCUGGAAAUUAUCUCCGAGGAUGACGAGAAGCUUCGGGCUCUGAAAGAUGAAAAUGGCGAACAGAUCUAUGCUGUGGUGACAAAGGCCCUGCUUGAAGUCAACGAGCACAAUCCCAGUGGCCGCCAUCCUGUUAACGAGCUGUGGAACUACAAGGAGGACCGGAAAGCCACCCUGGAAGAAGCCGUUGAGCACCUCCUGAAGCAGUGGCGUGUGGACAGGAGCAACCUCAGGAGGAAGCGCAUUGAAGAAGAUGCUGGAAGCACUUAGUCAACUGGACAUGACGGGCUGAAGUUUCUGGCAGUACUUAAUAAGUUUUAAGUAAUUAAUAAGUUGGACAUGAGGUUAUUUUGGCCCUGGCGUGUUAGAGCAGUGAGACUCUUGACGCCGAGGCAGAUGGUUUCCGGUAAACUUAUAACCUUUUAGUUGCGGUGGUGGUGUAGCAUUG